AUGAACCUUCUUCCAAAAAGCCAUAAAGAAUUUAGUGAUAAAGAUUAUUGGAAUAAGUUUUUCAAAAAACGUGGAAACAAAGCUUUUGAAUGGUACGGGGAAUAUGUAGAACUAUGUACAUACUUACAUAAAUACAUUAAACAGACGGACAAAAUAUUAAUCCCUGGUUGUGGUAAUUCUAGUCUUAGUGCUGAUCUUUAUGAUGUUGGAUUGAAACAAAUAACAAACAUAGAUGUCUCAGAAGUUGUAAUUAGGCAAAUGAAGGCUAUAAAUGUGGCAAGAUCAGAAAUGACCUUUACCUGUAUGGAUGCUAUGAAAACAACAUUUGAAGAUGAUGAAUUUAAUGUGGUACUUGAUAAAGGUACAUUGGAUGCUUUAAUGCCAGAUGAAUCUGAAGACACUAUAGCAAACAUUGAUAAUUACUUUAAAGAGAUGAAGAGAAUAUUAAAAACAGGUGGAAGAUUUAUAUGUAUAUCUCUUCUUCAGAGUCAUAUUUUAAAGAAACUAGUUGAUGUAUUUUCUGAUAAAUCAUGGAUGUUUAGAGUUGUUAGAUGUCAUGAAGCUGAGCAGAAAAAUAUUGAAAAUGGUGAUGGAACAACAUUGCCAGUGUUUGUAGUUAUUGCUACUAAGUUCAAACUGAUGCCAAACUUGCUUUUAGAAGUAUGUUUAGCUGGUGAAAAAAUGAUAAGACUUAAAUCGCCAGAAGAGUUACUUAGUUGUGUGAAGUCUGCUCAAGACACUGCAUUUAUCACAAACAGCUUGGGGAAAUCACGCCUCGAUGAGGAUGAUGAGGUGUCCCUUAACCUUAUGAUGCCUGGGGAAGAUACUCCCCGCUACACUCUGUAUGUUGUAGAUAAGAAAAAAUCGCAAGCUGUUAACAAAUAUGCUGUAUUUAUUGUGCCGCAGGGAAGAGAGUCGGAGUGGUUGUUCGGUACACCAACAGGACGCAGGCAAUUGCAGGAUUCGGCGCGUUUUAGUAGACUCGUCGUAGCUGUGUUGAGAAGAGGACACCAUUUUGAAAGUCUCGACGCUGUGAAAGAGGAAUUAGCUCAGUCCGCGAAGAUGCUCAUACCAAACGGACUUAGUGGUCAGAUUCCGUUUCUCUCGUUAGGUAGUGACGUUGGUCGUCGUGUGAAAGUUUAUGAAGGCAGUUCGAAGGUGUCAGGAGAGUUCGUGGUGGAGGAAGUGGAUGUGGGCGAAGACAUCUUCAAAAGACUUAUAUUUUUGGAUAACCAAUUUCUUGUGCAGUCAGAGGCGAAGCUUAAAACAGUUAAAAAGAAGAACAAAACAAAGCAAGUGAUUGAUUUUGGCCAUAUAUCACAAUACCAUUCCUUUAUGUGUGCAUGUUUGCAUCUGACCCCGGCAACAGAUAUAGCCAUAAUAGGUCUAGGUGGAGGCGGUCUAUGUAUGUUUCUCAAAAAAUGCUACCCAAAAAUGAAAAUCACUGCAGUGGACUUGGACCCAGCUAUGUUGGAAGUGGCCAAAAAUCAGUUUGAGUUGGAAAUAGAUGAGCGAUUGAGUGUCCAAAUUAAAGAUGGUUUAGAUUUCUUGAAGGAAGAGGCUGAGAUAUGCCACCAGUAUAGCUGCGUGAUGUUUGACGUAGACAGCAAGGAUCGAACUCUGGGUCUCUCAUGUCCACCGCAACAGUUUCUGCAGGACGAAGCACUGAAUCACGUCGAGAGGAUACUUACGAAUGACGGUCACUUUAUCCUCAACUUAGUGUGUCGAGAUAAAAGUCUUCGAGAGGAAAUGAUUGAAACGCUAAAGCGACAUUUUAAGCACAUAGCGUCGGUUAAACUGUAUGAAGAAGUUAAUGAAAUAAUUUUUGCUACAAAUAGCAAUGUGCCUUAUAAUAUUGAAGUUUUAGAAGAAGCUGCUAAAAAUUUAAACGCAACUGCGCGGAAGCAUAAUUUGGUUAAAAUAAAAUGUGUUGAUUUAAAAGACUUUUUGCAAGCUGUUACUAUUGAAACAUAG